GACAGACAGAGAGAGGAACAUAGGGAGAGAUAGACAAACAGAGCGAAAAAGAGACAGAGAGACAGACAGAGAGAGACUAACAGAGAGACAGACCGAGAGAGAGAGGGACCAUUGAUGGACAGCAGUGUGGUGAUGUUCCUCCACUGUGGGAAGCAGAUGGUGUGUCACGAGGUCCCGGAGCUGUGCCCCCUCUGCGAGGAGCCCAUCCUGGGGUCCCGGCUGGAGGAGGCCCCUGUCAGCCUGCCCUCGCCCUUCUGCAACGGACACACCACCUCCUGCUGCUUCCUGCUGGCCCCCGCACUGGAUGCAUACAGGGCCUUUGAUGAAAAGUCAGAACUCCACACUGGAAUCUCCAAUUCUAAAGGGGUGGUGUAUAACUACACCCACCUGGGCGUGGUGAAGGAUGAGACCGGCUGGGAGACGUGUAUUCGGGUGGUGCUGGUGCAGCACGACUCCUACAGCCUGAGAGACCAGUGGGACAAAUACCUGGAGAGCUACUCUGGAGGAGCCCUGUGGGACACCAACUGGACCAGGUUCGACGCGGUCACCCAUAACUGCUACACCUACUGCCUGGGCUUCAUCAACCGGGUCCUGGAGGUCGAAGGUCGCGGGCCCCUGACCCCGGAGCAGUUCACCGAGCGCUACGUCUUGCCGCGCACCACCAGGGCGCACAGGUUCAACGGCCUCCUUCAGGUCCUCAAGAAGAAGCCCUACCACCUGCUGGAGAGACAGACGGGUAGCGAGAGAGGCAGCCUGGCAGGGAGCGACACAGGCAGCCAGGUCAAGAGGGAGACAGGCAAGUAGAGAGAGAGAGAGACUGGUACCGAGAGAGAGACAGGCAAGUAGAGAGAGAGACUGGUAGCGAGAG